AUGGGGAAGUUGAAAUUCUAUGGAUCUGAACAGCCAAAUCACGUGCAGGUUGUUCUAAUAGAGUUCGAGUUCGCAGUUGAUGUAAGUUUAGGUGUAACAGAUGAAGAUGCUCGUGAUUUUAUAAGAGCACCAAGGUGGUUGGCUUGCUCGGUCCCGACUCCUGAUGACACCAUGAAAGAUUGUGAGGUAGAAGAAGAGAAGGAGAAUUCUAUCAAGCUUAUUCCUUUGAAGGGAAAGGCUAUACGUGGUGUGAUGUUGCGGGAUGUUGCGGAUUUUCUGUCCAGAUCUCCCAACGCCCGGUCCAAAGUAGUUAAUCCUAUUUCAAGCCCUCCACUGACCCGGUCCGAAUCUCCCUACUUCCAAGCAAAUUCUCCCCAACUCCUCCAAACUCUUCUCUCAACCAUCAAAACGAAUGGAACCUCCCAUCAUCCCGCCACCACCGCCACCUCCUCCUCGUCCUCGUUCGUCACUCCUCGCCAUCUCCAGCCUCGUCACACGAGCACCGAGAUCGUCUCCCCGCCAUCUCACCCACCAGCCCCACCGCCCGCCCCUGAGACAUACAUCAUCCAACUCCCCAAGGACCAAAUCUAUCGCAUUCCUCCCUCCGAGAACGCCUCCAUCAUUGACAGACACACAGCGGACCUCGACAGCAAGCAUAUUAGGCGAGGGAGCCCUUGCAUCAAUUGCUCAUGCUGGCUCCUCCGCAUCCUCCUCCUCCUGGGCAUCGUAACUCUUCUCUCUGGCGUCAUUUUCUUCCUCACCGUCCGUCCUAGUGUUCCCACCUUCAACAUUGCCCGUGUUGUGGCGAACACAACUAGGUACAAGUUCAUGAUGAUGAGUAGGAACAAGAGUUUGAGAAUGGGGUUCUAUUAUCAGAGAGAUGGGAAUGUUGUUUUAGCUUACAAAAGCGCCGAGAUUGCGGGAGGAAACACACCGGAGUUCUAUCAUGGGUAUAAGAGCGUGAAGGAGUUCGAGAUAGUUGCCGAUGGAUUGAAGCGUGCGUUGCCGAAAGAGGUUAAGAGGAGCUUGAACGGGUCGAGGGAAGCGUUGCCGUUGACGGUGUCCGCUAGGUUUCCGGUGAAAUUGAAGGUCGGUAGUCUGAGAUUGUGGCGCAUGAGAAUGCGAAUUUUGUGUGAUGUCAAGGUGAGGAGUUUGGGGAAGAGGACGCACGUUUUGUCCGAGAAGUGCAAGCCCAAGCUCAGGGUUUGAGUGAAUUAAUGCCGGUCGACAGAGCCAGUUUCUGUUUGUGGUAGUGGUUUGAUCAAUUGGGGAGAUUUUAGGUUGUAAAUUUCUCAUGGCGGUUGAUUAAUUAGUUUGCAGUGUGGUGUCAU